AACACUUCCUUGUAACGGACUAAUGGGGUGAGGAAGAAGAAAGGGACAGUGAGGAGGGGGGAGGUCUGCAUGCUCGCCUUCCUUGAAGGUGAGAAAAUCUAUUAACAGCUUGUGGCAGAAAUCCAGGUUCAGAAAGCCGCUCCCUGGAGGAAUGAUUGUACAUAGCAUGCGGACAUAAUGACUCCACCUAACUCAUCAGAUGUGAUCAAGACGGGGACCGUGAUUUACAUUUGUCGAGAAGUGCUUCUAUCCACACAGGACAGAGGAACCUGCAGACCACACAACUGAAACCUGAAAUUAUCUUUUUUUGGCAAGGAGUUCCUGCCUUUUUAGAUUCUGGUUUUGGUGUUUAGCUUUCUUUUUUGUUGUUGUUGUCUAUGAAUUAAUUUUAAUGAGGACCAAGGGACACCAGUACAGUAAGCCAUGGAUGUGUCCCAGGACCACCUGUCAGACUGGAGCUUAGUGCAGCCCAGCUUCUCUCCGCUGCUCCAGUACGACGGCUCUCAGGAAAGACUCAACCAAACCUACAGUUUCCACAGCUCGGUGAUGCUGUCCUCCACUUUCAGUUCCCCCACUGCCUCCCUCCAUCAACCUCUACCUUCUCUGCUCCCUUCCUCCCUCAUCUCCUCCCCUUUAUUCUCCACCACUUCAGCCUCAUCUUCUCAACAAACAUCCACUUUUGUCUACCAACCCUCCUCUUUUCCUUUGUCCUUGUCCACCUUUCUUUUGAAAGACUUGGCCAACUUGGAGAGCAUGCUGCUCUGGACUCUCCACGAGCCCAGCACAAUCGCUCUGACCAUCAUGUACUGUCUGUCUUUCAUUUUGGGAUUCAUUGGGAACUUAAUGUCCCUGCGCGUCCUCACCAACAGGCAGAGCCGGCGGCUAGCUGGUGUCAGCGCCACUCGCAGUCUGCUGGUGAACCUGGCGGUGUGUGACCUGGCUGUGGUGUGUGUGUGCAUGCCCAUCACCCUGGGAAGUCAGAUCUACACCGCUUGGGUGUACGGGGACCUCCUUUGUCGGGCGGUGCCCUUCACACAAGCUGUUUCGGUCUCAGCCAGUGUGUUGACGCUGACUGUGAUCAGUGUGAAUCGCUACUACAGUGUUCGAUCACCACUGCGAGCACGCUCCAUGUUUACCCGCCGUCGAAUCUUAGCGACUGUCGCUGUGGUGUGGACAGUGUCUUCGAUCAUGUGCGCUCCUAUUGCAGUGGUGAACCAGCGGCGGGAGAUCAGCUUUGGGACAUUUGCCAUCUUGGUCUGUGAGGAGAGGUGGCCUCAGCAUCGCCUUAAACAGGGAUAUAAUGUGCUGCUGUUUGUGAUGCUCUACUGCCUGCCAGUGGCCUUUAACCUCACCAUAGGCUUCCUUACUGGUAGGCGGCUUUGGGGUGGAAAAAAAUCCACUUUUGCUGAUCUCGAUCCUCGCAGCGAAGCUCUGCAUGCCUCGCGCUUGAAGACGCGCCAAAAGAUUGCCAAGAUGGUUGUGUGUCUUGUGCUGCUGUUUGCAGUGUCCUGGCUGCCGCUCUACUUGGUUGACCUUUGGAUUGACUGCGAGCAAAGGCCGCCAUCUUGGCUCCUGCAGACACGGCCAUUUGCCCAGUGGUUGGGCCUGACAAACUCCAGCCUUAACCCCAUUUGUUACUGUUUCAUAGGGGAUCUGUACCGCUCAGCCAAAGUUAUCCGGACGCGAUACUACCAGAAGGUCUCCGCUAUCUUUGGCUCCUCCUCUUUCUCCAGCUCAGCUGCCGUGGUGUCUCCUACUGCUGUGAUUACAGACACCAAAGCGACUGCUGCUGAACGCCACCAUAUUGCUGCCACCGCUGUGGCAGCGUCUGCAGCCAUCGUUGCAGUCCCCAGACUUUUAAGCUUGGCUAGAGGACAGGGACUCGGGCGGAAGGUCAGAGACAGUUCAGAUAGCUGUGCAGGAUCUGACCACAGUAUCUCAGACUGGUGUCGGUCCAGUCCCAGUGUGUGUGACAGCUCCUUGUUCCCCUGCCAGCUCCACACACUCCAGCACUCCAUACAAACAGCAGACCCUCUGCCAACAAGAAGACAUUCUGUGAUGGAGAACCUAGGAUCAUUACCUUUAAGAAUGGAGUCUGUGGAGAUAGAUGUGCUGCCUUUAAGGAGGCAUUCGGGGGACAGAAUCUGUAGUCUGUCAGCUGAUAAGAGAAACAUCAUUACCAUUGGCAGAGAUGCUCUCUGUUACUCUGGGCAGUACAGAAGCAAAACUUCACAAACCUACUAUCUGGUAGGAGAUGGGCAGGAUGAAACAACCGAUAUGACCAGCCUGUAAAUGCUGCAGAUUAUCUGAAGUAUCAGCAGGGCUAAAUUUUGGAACACUUGUCUGUCCUGCAGGCAGCAAAAAGAAAAACAGCUCCUGAUUCAGUUUGCAGUUGAUAGUGUGGGUUUAUCCCUUGCAAAGGCCAUUUUUGUCUUGAGGAUAAAUUGGCUUACAGACUCCUUCCUUCUCUGUGUAGUAUUCUCCAAGUAUCAUCGAAAGCACAGGCGAUUCAAGGUCAACGUUCACACCGAUGAGAUCAAGUCUUUGAUGACAGAUGGAUGGGGCAGUGAUGGAGUGAAGCCUGCAGGGGAAGAUCUGCAGGCUGUGUAGCCACGGGCUAGAAAGACAGUUAUCAGCCAGAAUCACUGAUUAAAGCUGUGCACCAUUACAUGCAAGUCAUAUCAUAAGUGAUUUAGCUGCUAGUCACAGUCGUGUCUACUUAAGUCAAUAACCCAGCACGGCACAUCUGUAUGAUUAGUUUAGUUUACUUCAUGUUAUUCUCUUUCUUUCUCAUUUCUUUGCUAAUGCAGGGACAUACUGUAUCAGAGUUUCUGACUUCUGUCUUUACAGGAUAAUGUCACCACCAGUGUCUCCAGUCUAUGAAAAAUGUUUACCGUAGCAGCAGUUGUUCACUUGUGCAGUCAUGCAGUUGAUAUGCCGGGAUUAUGAGACAUAUUGUAAAUGAAAGAGGUAAUCUAAAACUUGCAAUACAAUAUUUGUUUUUGUUUUGCACAUACCA